AUGGUACGGGAAUGCGGUCGGUGUCAGGGGUGCAGGUCUGAUGAUGUAGCUUCAAUUUAUCGUGGGACUAUUCCUCUUGACUUCGAUAUCAGUUCACCUCUGACUUACGGCACACCCAGCUCCAGGGUAGAAGGUACUCCACGAAGUGGUGUACGCGGAACUCCGGUCAGGCAGAGGCCGGAUCUCGGGUCUGUCCGUAAAGCCAGACAAGUCGAUUUACACUCGGAUGGGUCGACUGAGGAUGUAGUAGCAACCGAGCAAUCUCUUGGACAAAAGCUUGUUAUUUGGGGAACAGAUGUUAACGUAGCCUCCUGCAAAGAAAAAUUCCAGAGAUUUCUUCAGCGUUUCAUUGAUCCGCUAGCUAAAGAGGAUGAAGACAUUGGCUUGGAUCUUAAUGAGCCACGCUAUAUGCAACGGCUUGAAGAGAUUAAUAUGAUUGGGGAACCAUUCCUGAAUGUAAAUUGUGACCAUCUAAGAUCAUUUGAUGAAAAUCUUUACAGGCAACUGAUCUGCUAUCCUCAGGAAGUUAUCCCAACAUUUGACAUGGCUGCCAAUGAGAUCUUUUUUGAUCGUUACCCUGAUUCAAUAUUAGAACAUCAGAUUCAAGUGAGGCCAUAUAAUGCACUGAAGACUAGGAAUAUGAGAAGUUUAAACCCUGAAGAUAUCGACCAACUUAUCACCAUCAGCGGUAUGGUCAUCAGAAGCUCCCAGUUAAUUCCUGAGAUGCAAGAAGCAUUCUUUAAAUGCCAGGUUUGCGCUUUCACCACCAGAGUAGAAAUCGAUCGUGGCAGGAUUGCUGAGCCAUCAGUAUGCAAGAACUGUAACACAACACACAGCAUGGCACUGAUUCACAAUCGAUCCAUGUUCUCUGACAAACAGAUGAUCAAACUGCAGGAAUCUCCUGAAGAUAUGCCAGCUGGACAGACGCCUCAUACGGUUGCGCUAUUUGCUCACAAUGACCUUGUUGAUAAAGUUCAGCCAGGUGACAGAGUUAAUGUCACAG